AUGCAAUUAAAUGGAAAUAUUGAAAAAUCAAAUUAUGAAUGUCAAUUGAAUAAUAAUUUAUUUCAAUUUCAAAAUAAGCCACAUUUAAGUAUUGAAUAUUUAGAAGAUGAAAGCGUUAAAGAAAUACGUAAUACAAAAAAAAGUAUUUCCUUAAUAAAUGUGAAUAAUGGCAAAUAUUUUAACAUUGGAUCUCAAACAACGAUAAAUGUCAAUGAAUUUCUUGUAGGAAAAUUAAAUUCUUUGACAAGUUCUUCAGUUGAAUGGAAUCAGUUGAUGAAUUGUGAUGAUAAAUUAACUGAAGAUAUUAUCAAGCUCAUAGCCCUUAAUUACAGUGAAAAUUGGAAAAGUUUAGGAAAAAAUUUAGGAUUUAAUUCAGAUGUUGUGAAUGAAAUAGAAAUUCGAAAUGUGAACAAAACUUUUAUGGUUUAUCAUACUUUAAAAGUCUACCUUAAGAUGUAUCCAAACACUUCAAUAGGAUUUAUUGCUAAUAUUUUAAAAAAGAAUUGUCAAUUCCUUAUUUUAAAUAAAUUGUUGAAGAUUAAAAAUUAA